AUGGGUGAAACAGAGCGCGAGGAUCUAAAACCAGUUCCUCACAGAAGACGUAUAUUUUCUGUUGCGUUAUGUGCAUGGGUCACGGGAACAAUCCUACUUACUGAUCUUCGGAGUAACUGGAGCUAUAAAAAUUUAGCCAAUUUUUACAUCAUUGCGUGUAUCAGGAGGCUGUUACCAACGAUUUUGAAUAACUUGACAGUUUUCUUGUUUUUUUUGAGUGAUGUGGAGAAAUGUGAUGUUGACGGUUUUUUGGAGACGUUUUUCGCUGUUUUUGAAGUUGAGUUUUUGACCCAUAUUUGUAUUGAAAGAUAUGUUAUCGCUAAGUACGUAAAUAAUGGCUGGGAUUUGAAGAAUAGCCAUUACACUUUGUACUAUUUUUUGAGUGUAAUGUUUUCAUUCGUGUAUUCUGCACCACCUCUGUUUGGUGUUGUUGGCUUUGCUCGCGAUUUCACGUGCACCUCAUGUAUUUUAGAUAUGAUAUUCCCCGGAACUUGGGAGAAUGCUCUUAUGAUCGCUAUAUUUGUUUUGAGAAGUGUUAAGCCGGCUAUUUUCAUGAUUAUUAUGUUGAAAUGGGCUUCCAAAUUAGAACGUCAAUGUAUCAAUUGCGACAAGAUAGAUAUGCAGCUUACGAAUAGCAUUGUUGCUAUAAUUGCAGCGCAUUUUAUUUGUUGGGCGCCUAUAGUGUUUAUUAGAGGACUUGUUAUCAUUUCACAAUUAUUAAACAUAAACCCGAUGGUGUAUCUCUGCGCUGACUGGAUUUCAUGGGCUAUGUGGAUGCAUUGGAUUGCGCCUGCCGUAUCCGUCAUAACAUUAUUCGCAACGAAUGAUCGUAUUUGCUAUUAUUCGUAUGGUGUGUUCGUUAGUUCUAAGCCCGAUGACGACGGUAAAGAAAAGGAACAUUAAUAAUAUGUUGUUUUCCCAAAAUAAAAAGUCUUGUA